AUGAAUGACGAUGAAUGCAUUGACUCCGUUGCACUGUCUAGGGAAAUCAAAGCUUGCUGUGACAUCCCGAACCCCAUAGAAAUGGAUCAUAUCCAGGAAUGCGUCGAAAAGUACGAACAUCUGAGAGAGGAUGCGGCCAGCAUGGUUUCGUGCAUCUACGAGUGCCACGCGAUGGAAUUAGGGGUAAUGUCCGAAUCCGGUUUCAACAAGAGUAAAUUAUUGCAUCUGGUCAAUGGAAUUGCGGCAAGUGAGGUUAAAGCAGUAGUAUUGGAUGCCAUCGAUCAAUGCGCAGAACGAACCCAGGAGCAAGUUAGCUCGCAGGAUCAGAGCCAAUUCCAGUGUAGUCCGUUUGCCUUGCUACUGAACGAAUGCAUCGUACGGGAGGUCUAUGCAAAAUGCCCGGAUGAACAUUGGGCUGACAACUUCUGUUUAGAAUAUUUUCACUUACUUAAGUGGCUUCCCGUGCUAAGACUCGUUUGUGGGCCACCGCUCUUCAAUUCCUCGGACACCAAGUACUAUCCGCCAGUACAGUACUAA